AUAAUACCCAAGCACGGAAACCUCGGUGCGCUUGUCUGACUCGCAAUAUUUUUAUUUCUAGGAAACCCAGACUUUCUUGCCGUUCUCCAUGCAUUAACAACAAAAUAAGCCGUCAAUGUACAUCGUACAUCCCCUGUGACCUGUUUCCAUUAUUACACCAGUUGUCGGAAUCUGCUCCAUUCACUCUUCAACCCUGGAGACGCGUACAGCGGACGUUGUGAAACAGUAGUAGAAGUUUUUCAGGACAAAGACAAGAAAAGUGAUAUAAGUUUUACAAAAAAGUUUUUUUAGUUGUGAGCUUUUAUAAGCUUAUCUGGCUGGAUAAUUCAGCUAAUAAAUAAAAAAGUUAGCAAUCAGUGAAAUCCCAAUGAAAAUCGAAAUUACUUAGUCAAUACGUCAAUUUCGAUAAAACAAGGAUUAAUUUUAGGUGGAGAAAAGGUUUAAACUGCAGUGAAAAUGGGGUUGGAGAAACGCACUGUAAAAAUUAUUGUGAUUUUUGUCGUGACUGUUCUUGUGGUGGCUGGCAUUAUCGGCUUGCUGCUUGGCCUUCUACUGCCUUUACGUUACGUGGAGCUAGAAGUAUGGCCACGAUCGGACACGUACAACUACGAGCAACCCCUGAUCCAGUUCCGCGCAGCCGAUCCUGGCAGCUGGCAGCAAUGGUUCGACAAGAUCAACAACUUCCUUCGAGCCUACGAGACAACCGUCCCAGAGGAUCCACCUCGAGCCCCCUGCUCGAUACAUCGCCACGAUCAGCGUCUGACGUCACCUAACUGCGAGCAGUCUCUCAGGGCCUGGAUGCCUUGCAUUGCUGACAACUUCUAUGGGUACAAUGUGGGCAAGCCUUGCGUCUUUUUGAGGUUGAAUCAUAUCCACUACUGGGUUCCUGAACCUUACAACAUGACCAUGCGCAUGUCCUUACCCGAUGAUAUGCCUGACAACAUCAAGAGAGCGAUGCAAAUCCUGGCCAGUGAGCAAAGGAACCUAAAUGUGCAACGCCUACCAAGCAGUGUAUACGGUGACUACGUAUGGGUGUCCUGCAACGGAGAGUUCAGUUCCGAUGUGGAGAACAUCGGCCCAAUCCAGUACAUCCCGGCUCAUUCUCCACCAGGGUUCCCCAUCAACCGUCUACACACAGCGGACCGCAUCCCCCGCGCUGCCAGGUCCCUACCCGACCUGAACCCUGCGCCUCUCGUGGCGGUUUACUUCGAGAACCCUCACCGUGGCGUAGUAAUCAACGUGGAAUGUCGUAUCUGGACACGAGACAUCAUUUACGAUAAAUCGAGUCGGGUGGGCAGAGUCCGAUUCGAGAUUUUAGUAGAGUAAAUUAAGUUAAGGUGUACCAAAUAUUGCUGAAACUAAAAGAUUAUUAAUUAUUCCAACCCACCCA